AGUCUGCCCUCUGACACGGUAUUUCCGGUUCCGGCCCCAUUGUUGCAAAGCGAUGGCGGCGCGGGCUGGCUUCCAAUCGGUGGCUCCGGGGGGAUCCGGGUCAGCAGCGCCCGCGUUGGGGCCCGGGACACCCGGUCCGGCGGUUCGCAUGGGUCCCGCCCCGGGGCAGGGGAUGUAUCGAUCCCCAAUGCCUGGAGCCGCUUACCCGCGACCUGGAAUUAUUCCAGGCAGUCGAAUGACUCCUCAGGGACCAGCCAUGGGGCCUCCAGGUUAUGGUGGAAGUCCAGCUGCGCGACCUGGCAUGGCCCAGUCAGGAAUGGACCAAACCCGUAAGCGACCAGCUCCACAGCAAAUUCAGCAGGUGCAGCAGCAACAGGCUGCUCAGAAUAGGAACCAUAGUGCUAAGAAGAAGAAGAUGGCAGAUAAAAUUCUACCUCAGAGGAUUCGAGAACUGGUACCUGAAUCUCAGGCUUACAUGGAUUUACUGGCGUUUGAGAGAAAGUUGGACCAGACAAUUAUGAGAAAGCGUCUUGAUAUUCAAGAAGCAUUGAAAAGGCCGAUCAAGCAAAAAAGGAAACUUCGGAUUUUCAUUUCCAAUACUUUUAAUCCAGCAAAAUCAGAUGUUGAAGAUGGUGAGGGAACCGUGGCAUCAUGGGAGCUACGUGUAGAGGGACGACUUCUUGAGGAUGCUGCCUUGUCCAAAUACGAUGCUACCAAACAAAAGAGGAAAUUUUCAUCCUUCUUUAAGUCUUUAGUCAUUGAACUAGACAAAGACCUGUAUGGGCCAGAUAAUCAUUUAGUGGAGUGGCAUAGAACACCCACUACCCAGGAGACAGACGGGUUUCAGGUGAAGCGUCCAGGGGAUGUGAAUGUACGCUGCACGGUCUUACUAAUGCUUGACUAUCAGCCACCACAGUUCAAAUUAGACCCACGGCUGGCCCGUCUUCUUGGUAUUCACACCCAGACUCGUCCGGUUAUCAUUCAAGCUCUUUGGCAAUAUAUUAAAACCCACAAGCUUCAGGACCCCCAUGAACGUGAAUUUGUAGUCUGUGACAAGUAUCUACAGCAGAUAUUUGAGUCUCAGAGAAUGAAAUUUUCAGAAAUUCCUCAGCGACUCCAUGCCCUCCUCAUGCCUCCAGAACCGAUUAUAAUUAACCACGUCAUCAGUGUAGACCCCAAUGAUCAGAAGAAGACAGCCUGUUAUGAUAUUGACGUAGAAGUGGAUGACACGCUGAAAACACAGAUGAAUUCUUUCUUGCUUUCAACAUCCAGUCAACAGGAGAUCGCUGCCUUGGAUAACAAGAUACAUGAGACCAUAGAAACAAUUAAUCAGUUGAAGAUUCAGAGAGAAUUCAUGUUAAGUUUUGCCCGUGACCCUCAAGGAUUCAUUAACGAUUGGCUGCAGUCUCAGUGCCGUGACCUCAAGACUAUGACUGAUGUUGUGGGCAAUCCAGAAGAGGAGCGCCGAGCGGAGUUUUAUUUCCAGCCAUGGGCUCAAGAAGCUGUAUGUCGAUACUUCUACUCUAAGGUGCAACAAAGACGACAGGAGCUGGAACAGGCUCUAGGAAUUCGAAACACAUAAGCCUUGACUUCUGCAAACUAGAUAUAUUAGCUGUUUGCUCCCCGUAGAUGUAUUUAACUUGAGUGUUUCUCUCCAGCAUUUCAGUAUCUUCUUGAGGCUUUAUGGGGAUGUGUUGUAAUCAGGGUCUGUACAACUGACUGCAGAGUGAUGAUACACUAAGUAUACUGUUCUUGCUGGUCAGAAGUAAUACAUUGCUGGCCUUAGCUAAAUGUUAUGAGGGCUAGACUUCAGUUAUACCCUCAUGAGUUAAAUAAAAUUUAGUGAUAUAUUUUUUCUUUUUUUAUAUUGUUUUUCCCUCUUAAGUGUCAUAUUUUCUCAUUUUCGUUUCUGUAUGUUAGUAAGCUUUUUUUUUUUUUUUUUUUUUUCCUUUUUUUUUUUUUUCCCCUCCCUCUGGGGCAAAUUAUAAUUCAGAAAGAAAUAAAGAACAAAUAUGAAUUUGCGUUGUGCAUUAAAAGUAUGCAUUAUUAGCCCGCUUAGAAAAAGCCUAAUAGGAAGUUGAAAAUAUUUUAAAGAUUAAAAAAAUAAAUAAAAUAAUGAAAGCACCACUGCAAAUGCACAAAGUGUGCAGUCUGUAGUCAUAACAAACUAUGCCCUGAUCACAUAGCAAAGAUCCAUGUAAACUGCCAUUGGUUUUUGUGGGCGGGGGGAGGGGGGAAUAAGCUAUUUUACCUCCUAUUUUCUCACAGUUCUAGCCAGUUGGGAAAUUAUCUAUGUAUUUUUUUUUUUUUUAAAUAUAUAAUAUCUAUUAGUGGAAAAGGUUACAUGUUUUGGCUGGGAAAAGUGGUCAAUAGAUUUCAAGAAUGAAGGACUCUUCUCUAAGCAUAAUUGAGUGUACAUUGAUAUAUUAUACAGCAUUUUCAUUCUGAGGAAUUGGCUCUUAACAUGCUGCUUCUGCUCUCUGGGGUGCGUAACCCUAGGAGCUUUCAAACUCCCUCACCGAAUGUGCUCAGAGCACCUCUAUUCUCAUAAAAUGUAGCCUUUUUUAUUUUUAAACGAAUUAUGGUUUUUGAUGGACCAAAAUAUUGUUUUGUAUCUUGUAGUCAAUUGCCAAGUUUUAAUAAAAGCAAAUU